AUGUCGAGCGCCAAGGCCCAGCUCAAGGCCAUUAAUGAGCUUAUCAAACAGCAAAAGUUUGACGAGGCCGUUCAACAAGCCGAGUCUAUCGUACAAAAGGAUCCUAAGAACUAUCAGGCCCACAUAUUUCUCGGGUUUGCCCUGGACAAGAAGGGCCAAGCAGAUGAAGCAGAAAAAGUCUACCUAGCGGCAACCAGGUUGCGGCCUGCAGAGCUGCCAGCAUGGCAGGGCCUCAUCAAAGGCUACGAGCGGCAAGCCACAAGGAAGCUGGCUGAGUACCAAUCGGCAGUUGUCAAAUUGGCUGAGUUAUACCGCGACGCGGAUCAGAUGUACAAGUGCCAAGACUUGGUGGACAAGUUCGUCGACUUUGUCAGGAUGAAGGGAGACCGUAUGCAAUAUGUCGCUGCACUGGACGUGAUCCUCCCUGGAAGCCCUAUCUAUCCCGCGCUGGAAGCCCGCGUCCCUCACCCUUCCAAGACUUACGACAUCAUGGCUCAAAUUGUUGAAGCCGAGGACAAGAAGCUCAUCAACACUCUGAUUGGCGAACGAAGGACGAGGAUCGGCGCAAGGCUCAGUCAGGUGACUCUCGAUGUCAAACGAGAGGUGUACACGGAGAGCAAGCUGGGGCAUAUCUACCGUCAGAUGAUUGACUGGGCCACCGAUGAUGAUGUGCGUCGGAACUACGAAGAGAAGUUGAUCCAGUACUGCUACGAGCGUCUCCUGGUAUUUCAAGGGAAAGAGAAGAGUGAGGAGCUCAAGACUGUUAUCAAACUCGCCAACGAUAUGGUCAUCAUCAAACACCCGUUCAAGCUCGCUUGGGACAUCACAAUCGAUUGGCAAGAUCAUAAAGAGGUCAAGGAAUGGGAUCCUACCGUGCUUGCCGACUACUGCACCUUCUUCCCUGACAGCGACCUAUGCCGCGUCCUUACUGGCUAUCUGUCCAGUGACAUCUCUCCGUUCCCAAAACAGCUCCUAGAACAGAAAGGUGCAAACCCAUCAUCGCCGAAUGGUGCGGAGGAUGAGAGCGAAGAUGACGAGGAAGGAGGAGUACCGUCGACCUUUAUACCGCCAACUGACGAGGAGCGUUUGUUCAUCAUGACCGAAGGCAUCACCGGCGCAGAUUCUCUGUUGGCCUACCGAAUGAUGGGUGAAUACUACGAGUUCCUGGAGGAACAUGAGAGCAACGUGGAAUUGAUGCGAAAGGCGCAAAGCCAUGUCAAAGACCAGAGGCUCAAGAGCGGGCUAUCCUUCCAGAAUACCGAAGAUGCAUUCUCAGUACACCUCGGCACCGCUCUCGUCUUCUAUCAGUCACCGAGAAACCACCAAGAGGCAAAGAAGCUCUUUGACCUUGUUCUUGAGCACGAUCCGGCUUCGACACCGGCCAUGAUUGGUAUCGGAUUGAUCUAUGAAGAGGAGGAGGAGUAUGACGAAGCGAUAGGAUUUCUUGAACGGGCAUUGAAGCGGGCACCGGACAAUCUACGUGUCAUGGCCGAAGCUGCUUGGGUCAAGGCACUCAACGGUGAUCACGCAACUGCCAAGGACGAAUUGGAGCGCGCACUUUCCCUCCUCGAGGAGAAGAAAGGGGCCUCGAAGGAUCUUGUCGCGCAAACACACUACAGGCUGGGAAUGUGUAUUUGGAAUCUGGACACGUCCAAGGCGGCAAGGAAGGAUCGCAAGGGAGCAUACGCUCACUUCAUGGCUGCGCUGCGGACGAAUCUUAGCUACGCACCGACCUACACGAGCCUGGGUAUUUUCUACGCCGACUAUAAUAACGAUAAGAAGCGCGCACGGUCGUGUUUUCUGAAGGCGGUCGAAUUGUCAUCAUCGGAGGUCGAGUCGGCAGAGAGGCUGGCGCGGUCAUUUGCCGACGAUGGGGACUGGGAUCGAGUUGAGCUGGUCGCACAGCGAGUCGUCGACUCUGGGAAAGUGCGGCCCCCUCCGGGCUCGAAGAGAAAAGGUAUCAGCUGGCCGUUUGCCGCCCUUGGCGUGGCGCAGUUGAACAAACAAGACUUUGCGAAAUCAAUCGUCUCAUUCCAAGCUGCUCUGAGGAUUGCGCCGAACGAUUAUCACUCAUGGGUAGGACUUGGCGAGAGCUAUCACAGCUCAGGUCGCCAUGUCGCUGCUACCAAAGCCAUCCAGCAGGCUCAGAGUCUGGAGGAGUCUGGAGGAGCCGAGAGACUUGGCGAUACGUGGUUCACGAAGUUCAUGCUUGCCAACAUCAAGCGAGAGCUCGGAGACUUCGAUGCGUCCAUCGCGCUUUACCAAGAAGUCAUCACUGGCCGGGCAGACGAGGAGGGUGUGGCCAUUGCCCUCAUGCAGACUAUGGUUGACAACGCAUUGGACUGCCUGGAAAAGGGGCAGUAUGGCAAGGCAGUCAAACUCGCCGUUGACACCCUAGAAUAUGCUACCACAGCUCCCGGGGCUAUCUCCACCACUUUCAACUUCUGGAAGGCCGUGGCCGACGCCUGCUCAGUCUUCUCUAGCGUGCAGGGCCGCACUGCCGAUUUUCCUCUCGAGGCUGUACAAAAACUCUUUGACGGUCUUGCACCCGCCGACUAUGAUACGAUGAAAGACAUCGACCAUGUAGGCCCAGAGGUGAUCCUUGCAAAGGGUUUGUUCUCCGACGAUGAAAAGAUCGGCGUCGAGUUGACUCGUUGCAUCCAUGCAACCUUGGUAGCUCACAAGAGGGCCUUGCAUGGCUCAGCACAUGAUAUUCACGCGCAGGCAGUAUCGCAUUACAACUUGGGCUGGGCUGAAUAUAGGGCGCACUUGAGCCUCCCAGAUCAGCUACGCAAGAAGGCGAGCCGGUAUCAGAAAGCUGCGAUACGCUGCUUCAAGCGGGCAAUCGAGCUAGAAGCCGGCAAUUCUGAAUUCUGGAAUGCCUUGGGUGUCGCCACGAGCGAGCUGAACCCGUCCGUGGCUCAGCACGCUUUUGUUCGCAGCUUGUUCCUGAACGAGAGGAGCGCGCACGCGUGGACCAAUCUCGGAACACUAGCACUCCUUCAGAAUGAUGUUCAGUUUGCCAACGAGGCCUUCUCCAGAGCGCAGUCGAACGACCAUGACUACGCCCACGCCUGGGUUGGGCAAGGCUUCGUUGCCUUGCUCCUGGGCGAUAUCAAGGAAGCUCGUGCGCUCUUCACGCAUGCAAUGGAGAUAUCAGAGUCAUCAUCACUGGUGUCAAGAGAGCAGUUUGCAAUUGCUGUCUUUGACAACAUCAUGACGGCACCCACAGAUCUACGCAUCAUGUCGUUGCUACAGCCACUUUUUGCCUUGACCCAGAUUCAAGCACUCAAGCCACAAAACCUGGAGUACGGCCACCUUCUCUCCAUGUUCCAGGAGCGCAUCGGAUCUUCUACCGAUCCGGUCAAGGUUCUGGAGCAACUUUGCACCAAACUCGAGGCUGAUUACGAGGUGUCCGAGUCUACUUUGUCACUCAAGCGUUUUGCACUUGCCAAGACGGAUCUGGCGCGGGCAUACCUGGCAUCAGGGGCUUACGCGAGCGCCGUAGAGUGCGGCGAGAUGGCGCUUGAGCUCACCAGUGACGAAUCAGACAGCGAGCUGUCUACGGAGGAACGCAACAAGGCUAGACUGUCGGCGCAUCUGACGGUGGGCUUGGCGCGUUACUAUGAGAAGGACGUGAACGAAGCAGUCGGCUACUUUGAAACUGCUCUCGAGGAGUCGAACCACGACCCGGACGCGGUCUGCGUUCUUGCUCAAGUUCUAUGGGCCACGGGUACCGAAGACGCGCGGGAAAAGGCGCGGACCAUGCUGUUUGAGGUCAUUGAGCAGCGGCCGGAGCAUGUGCAGUCGGUGAUCCUCCUUGGAAUCAUUGCACUUCUCGAUGACGACAGCGAGAGUCUCGAGGCCGUGGUAGCCGAGCUUCUGACGCUGCGGACGAGUGAGAAGGUCACAGCUAUCGAGCAAUCGCAGAUUGGGGAUGUCUUGCAGGCCAUCGCUGCCCUGUCCAAGGACGCGGAGGACGUGGGCGUCGAUGUUCUCACGCAGGCUCAGACUGACAUCAUGCUGCACCCCGACUUGCCGCACGGCUGGUCAAACUUGGCCGAGAUCAGUGGCGACUCUGAUUACCCGUCCGACAUGGCGCUCCGCGUUGCGCUCAAGGGUAUUGCACCCCGUGGACAGCUCGGUGCGGAUGAGCUGGCGGCUGCGCACUCUGGCACGAGAAAGGCAGCCGAUGCACAGAGGGCGCUCAUGAUCGCCCCUUGGUCUGCUGCAGGAUGGGAGUCGAUGGUAGAUGCCAUUUCUGGGCGUUGA